AUGUGGAAUUUCGAGUGUGAUUGGUACUCUCCCAAGAGCCUCCUCAGCAUUCCCACUCAUUAUGAUCUCCCAGGUGAUCGGUUCAUACCAAAUAGGAGUUUGAUGGAUCUUGAUCAAGCCCAGAGUUUGCUCACAAACAGGACCAAAAAGAUUCAUAACAAGCAAUUCAAUGAUGUGUACAGAAAGAAAGUGGAUGAGCAACUGAGUUUGGAUUCAGAAGGUAAUCCUUUCAAGAUGCUGGUUUUCAGGGGAAGCCCCAAAUCAAGUAGAAAAUCCAUCCGGCAUAUCGAUGAGAUUCGAGAGGGAGAGGCAAGGGCGCUUCAAAACAGUUGCAAUCCCUAUAUGCUUCGUAAAUUGCCAAAGGGUGAAUCAAGGAUAUUGGAUGCACCAAAUAUUAGAAAUGAUUACUACACAAACCUUCUGGACUGGGGGAAAAACAACAUUCUAGCGGUUGCGUUAGGCUCAGAAAUGUACCUUUGGAACUCACAGAAUAGCAAUGUACUUAAGUUGUUUACAGUCACUAACAACAAUUAUCCGGCUAGUGUUGCUUGGUCCGAUGAUACUAGAUACAUUGCAAUAGGAUUUAUGCACUCUAAUCUUCAACUCUGGGAUCCUGAGACUUCAAAGCUGGUAAGAAACCUGGAAGGUCAUGAUCAAAGGGUUGCAACCACUGCAUGGAAUAGUCAUAUUUUAACUUCUGGAAGCCAUGACACAUCUAUAAUCAAUCAUGAUGUUAGAGCAAGAAAUGUGAUUUCAAGAGUAAAAGCACACAAAGCAGAAGUUUGUGGCUUGAAAUGGUCAAGCAGGGGGAACAUAUUGGCAAGUGGUGGCAAUGAAAAUGUUAUUUAUUUAUGGGACUCAUCAAAGAUGAGUUCUUCCAAUUUCUUGAACUGUUUCAAGGAUCAUUCUGCUGCAGUGAAGGCCCUUGCUUGGUGCCCUUAUGAUUCAGAUGUACUUGCUUCUGGAGGUGGCACCCAUGACAGAUGUAUUAAGUUAUGGAAUGUGCAAAAAGGAACCUGCAUUCGCAGUAUAGAUACCAAAGCUCAGGUUUGUGGCUUAGAAUGGAAUAGGCAUCACAAGGAGAUAUUAAGUGGCCAUGGCUUUAGUACAAGUGCAGAUCAAAACCAACUCUCUUUGUGGAGGUAUCCAUCGAUGACCAAAAUCGGCGGCUUGGAUCGACACACUUCUAGAGUCCUCCAUGUAUCUCAGAGCCCUGAUGGGUUAACAGUGGUGUCAGCUGGGGCAGAUGAGACUCUUCGCUUUUGGGAUGUUUUUGGACCACCUGUUACUCAGAAUUCACAUACCUCGGAUCUAAAUAGUCUUUUGUCUCUUAAGAUAUCCCCAAUAAGAUGA